AUGUUCAAAGACAAUGCCACUUUGCCAAAAAUCUCUUUCAUUCUGGUUUUGAUGGCAUCGGAGAUCCUGAAGUUACAGAGAAAUCGGAACACAUCGUCCAAAGUGAUGGUUCUCUCGCCAUUUCUCCGCAUCAGGAUGUCGUUGUACCAGCGGAGAUACGUUUUGGCCUCGGGCCGUGAAAGGUCGUUUGCUGUCAGAGACAGAGGAAUGUGGUUGUCAUCCUGCGCGAUCAAUGUGUCUGUGCUAUUUGAGAACGUGAUUGGGUCUUUCUUGGAGUCUCCGGUCAGCUCUGCCAUUGUUUGA